AUGAAACUAGCUCACAAUCAUCUAUUACGGUUCUUACAGGUCAAGAACACUGGUCAUGAGGACUUGCAGGUGUUGGUUAUUAUAUCUCGGCCGCCUAUUAAAGUCUUCACCUACGAUGACUGGUUUAUGCCACACACUGCUGCGAGGUUAAAGUUUCCUUACCAUUGGGAUGAGCAAUGCCUCCAAGAAUCUCAAAAAGACGAGCUUUAA